UUCUGGAAUUGAUUAAUUCACUCAGCCAGCUGGGAUAUAAAGUGGUGACAAGUACUGGUGAGGCAGAAAUCAUCUGGACUCUUCAGAGAGAUAUAUAAUUAUUGUUACUAAUAUUUGUAUUCUGUGAGUAAUUCUUAUCACAAAUAAAUGGAGGGCAGACAUUGUAAUCACGAUUGUCAUACAACAAAUGCUAACAAAUCAGUUUGUCAAACUCUAUCUGAAAUGGAUUGGGAAAGAGGAAUUUGGAAUGCAGCAUUUUCUGGAGAUAUGAAUAGGAUAACAGAAUUGAUAAAUAAAAGUAGAAACUUUACAGAAACUGUGAAUGCACUAGAUAAUGCUGGUUAUACCGCUUUGCACUAUGCAGCAAGAAAUGGUCAUUUAGAUAUUUGUAAACUUCUUGUAAGAUAUGGGGCAAUUCUUGAUGUCCAAACAAAGAGUGGAAAAGCUACACCUUUACAUAAAGCUGCAGCUACUGGCAAACUGUCAACUGUAAAAUUUCUCAUAGAGUCUGGAGCUAAAACUGAUUUGAUAGAUGAUGAUGGAAAAAAUAUACUGCACAAAGCUGUGGAGUAUAAACAAGAAGAUUUAGUUAAUAUGCUGCUUGAAACACAUCCAAACCUACAAAACGUAAAGGACAAAAAAGGCUUAUUGCCUUUAGAUUAUAAGACUUCACAAUAAUUUAUAGCUUGUCCCCUUGAGAGUCAUGCUAAUAUAAGAUUGAAUUUUAUCACAUCAGUUAAAAACUAUUUUAUACAUGUUACAUGUAUAAAAUAGUUUUCUGAUUACCUGGUAAAGUUUUUAAUCCAGGUUAUUAUUUUUAUUGCAAAUAUUGAGAUUCUUAUUCGGUUUUUCAACUAACGCAACUGCAACCUCAUAUUUGCUAUUAUUGUAUCUUAUACUUAAAUAUAAUUUUAAAUGUGUAUUGUACUCACAAUAUAAUAUGUUGCACAUUUUCACUUUAAGUCAAUGAGUUAAAUAUGAAUAUCUAGCAUAUAAAAUAAAUGUAACUGUAAUAUCAUUGUGUCAUGCAAUUUUAAAAAUUUGGCACCUAUUUCGUGUUUAGCACCCUUUAUAUUUAAUAUAUAAAAAAAAAACAUUUUCUUUCAAAGAAAUUGGUCCACUUACAUAUCAUUUUUUUUAUUAUAGUUCUACAAUAUAAGAAUGUUUUCUUUGGAUGUUGGAUAUUAUAUGUUGUUUAUUUGCAUAUUUAAAUUGCUGAAUUAUUUGUGACAUCUCAUAGGCUGGUAUUAGUUAGUGCUAUUGACAUAUAUUGGUACAUACAUUAGUAUGUACCAAUUAACUAAGAAAAAACUGUUAUUAUAAAGGUUAUAUUUUUAUUCAUACAUAGGUAUUUUUGUGUAAAAUUUUAUUUAUGUUCCCUAAAUGUGGUUUUAGUUUUAAGUUCCUAUUUGUAAAAUGAU